AUGAGUGACCAUCAAAUGAGCUCUCAUGCCGUUAAAGGCAUAGAUGAUACCAUAACCCAGGUCGAAGUACCAGAAGGCCCAGUUGUCAAACGGACACGUCAGACAAGUUACCUCGAUGUGCUGGUACAGGGUGUGGCUUUAUUCUCUGAUGGUUAUAACAUUCAAGUCAUUGGGUACAUGCUCACGGUUUUGGCCAAGCUGUACCCAAAGGAUACGACUGGAGAUGUUAAGACCCGACUCUCCAACUCUAUCCUGAUCGGUGACAUUUUUGGAAUGCUCAUAUUUGGGUACUGUAUCGAUAGAUUCGGGAGACGACUCGGUGUUAUCCUUACGACGUUGUUCCUCGUUUUGGGCAUUAUCAUUGCUACCGCGUCGCAUGGAGCUACGAUUAGAGGGAUGUACUGGAUGAUGGUUAUUGGUCGCGGUGUUGCAGGAGUUGGCGCCGGCGGCGAAUAUGCUGUAUGCACAUCUCAAGCCCUCGAAUGCGCCGACGGUUCGGAACGUUUGCGCAAGAAAAGAGGAAUGUUAGUUGCCGUGUCCACAAAUGCUGCUAUCAUCGCCGGCUUUGUUGCCUCUAGUAUUGUCUCUAUCAUUGUUGUUAAGGCAUACAACGGCAAUCCUAGCGACGGUAUCUGGAGAAUCUGCUUUGGAAUUGGAAUUAUCCUUCCACUGACAAUCUUUAUCUUCCGGAUGCGUCUUUUCGACUCAACUCAAUACGACAAACAUGCCAUACAGCGGAAGGUCCCAUACAAACUUGCUCUGAAGUAUUACUGGAAACCAUUAAUUGGGGCUUGUACUGCCUGGUUCCUAUAUGAUGUCAUCAUCUACCCAUUCAACCUCCUCGCGCCGACUCUGUGCACUCAUCAAUUCCUUUGCUCUCCCCGUGCAUUUAUUGGCGCCUUUCUCAUGGAUCGUAUCGGCCAAAAGCAAACAUAUGUCCUCGGCUGGGCAAUGGCUGCAGUGUUCGGUUUUAUCAUUGGAGGCGCAAUGUUCAAGCUGCAACACGUCUUCCCGCUCUUCGUUGUUUUGUAUGGACUCAUGCAAACAUGUCUCUCCAUUGGACCGGGAGAUUGCAAUUUUCUAGUGGCUUCAGAGUCCUUCCCAACCCCUCUUCGAGGCCAUUUUCUCGGCUUUGCAGCAGCGAUUGGCAAAACUGGUGCGGCUGUCGGUACAAGUGCGUUGACACCAGUUGUAUCAGCAUUCGAGACAAAAAUGGAGGGCCAAAGGGUUCUGUUCCUAAUCGGAAGCGCCAUCUCUGUGCUUGGGACUCUGGUUGUUUGGUUCCUGAUUCCUGGGCAUCCUGACGCUCUUGAGGACGGCGAUGUCAGAUUCAGGGAAUAUCUUGAGGCUAACGGGUAUGACACUAGCCAUAUGGGUUUGAAGUCUGGUAAACAUAAUGAAGUUUUUGUUACUGGGCCAUUUAAUUGA